GAGUGAGAUCUUGUGAGGCGCCAGGGAGUGGGAAUAAAGGGCUGCUGGGGUUUCUGAGAUUUAGAGCCUACCCUCCUCUCUCAGCCUAUGUCCUUCCUGAGUGCCACAGGAACAAUUCUUGACUCUUAACCUGCUUUUCUGGGCCCCUCAGCUCUGUCCUGCAAGAUGGACCCAGCACUGCCUGCUGUCCGACUCACGGUCCAAGAAGCCAUUCACACCCUUUCAUCCUCAGAGGAUGUAGGCCACAUCCUCUCUGCCUUGGGGACCCUGAAGAGAUACCUGGGUGGAACCGAGGAUCCAGCUCUCCCUGAGAAGGAGGAGUUUACCACCAUCCACUUCUCAGCCGUUCUCAGAUGUCUGGUCAGCAAGCUGAGCCCAGGUUGGCUGGAGCUAUCCCCCGAUGGUCAGCUGGAACAGCUGUGGGAGAGCUUCUUCCUCGAUGGCCCUCCAGACCAAGCCUUCCUGGUGCUGAUGGAGGCCAUUGAGAGCACUGCUGGCCCUAGCUUCCGUCUGAUGAAGAUGGCUCGGCUGCUGGAGAUAUUUCUGAGCAAGGGCAGAGUGGCUGCUCUAAUGGAGGAGCAGUGUCGGCCUCAGACAAAGCCCAGCUUCCCCCUAUUCCAGGAGACGCUGCUCAACAAGGUGGUGGGCUUGCCUGAUCGCCUAGGCAACUGUCUCCAGCAGGACAACCUGACCCAGUUCUUCCCCCAGAACUACUUCCCUCUGCUUGGCCAGGAGGUUGUGGAAGUACUAAAGGCAGUUGUGAACUUUCUCCAAGGUGGCCUAGACUGCUCUGUUUCCUUCGUGUCUCGCGUCUUGGGGAAGGUCUGCAUCCAGGGGAGAAAGAAAGAAAUCCUGGGUGUGCUGGUGCCCCAACUGACAGUGCUCACCCAGGACAGCUGUCUGUGGCAGCGGGUAUGCUGGCGUCUGGUGGAACAAGUACCUGACCGAGCAGUAGAGGCUGUGCUGAUAGGGCUUGUAGAGGCCACUCCCAGGCCUGAAGUCCUGUCACGACUACUAGGGAACCUGGUGGUGAAGAAUAAGAAAGCUCAGUUUGUGAUGGCCCGGAAGCUUCUUUUCCUGCAGUACCAACACUCGACACCCAUGCUUCAGAGCCUGCUGGGGUACCUGGCUGUAGACAGUCAGCGGCGGCCACUCCUCGUACAGGUGCUUAAGGAGCUGCUGGAGACGUGGGGCAACAGCAGUGCCGUCCGUCAUGCACCACUGGAGCAGCAGUGCUAUGUCAGCAAGGCCAUCCUUGUCUGCCUGGCACACCUUGGGGAGCUGGAGCUGCAGGACAUCCAGGAUGAACUGCUGGCCAGCAUGAUGGCAGGUGUGAAGUGUCGCCUCGACAGCAGCCUGCCCCCUGUGCGUCGCUUGGGCAUGAUUGUGGCCGAGGUCAUCAGCUCCAGGAUCCAUCCUGAGGGGCCUCCCCUGAAAUUCCAAUACGAAGAAGAUGAGAUGAGUCGUGAGAUGCUGGCCUUGGCCACCCCUGGGCCUGCGGGUGCCUGCUCUUCGGAGACAGGAGUCCCAUCCCUGGCUUCGGUUGCCACAGAGGCUCCUGUAGAGACACCUGAAAAGACAGUGGACAGUGAUGUUCCCCCAGUUCAGCAGCAAGGCCCUGACUCAGAGCUGGACAGUGAUGAUGAGUUCAUCCCCUAUGAUAUGUCAGGGGACAAAGAGCUGAAGAGCAGCAAGGAGCCCCUGUAUAUCCGAGACUGCGUGGAAGCCUUGGCCACAUCUGAGGACAUGGAACGCUGGGAGGCAGCCCUAAAGGUGCUGGAGGGCCUGGUUUAUAGGAGCCCUGAGGCCACUCGGGAGGUGAGUGUGGAGCUGGCCAAGGUGCUACUGCAUCUGGAAGAGAAGACCUGCAUGGCAGAGUUUGAACAACUUCGCCAGAGAGCUCUAGUUGCUGUCACGGUCACAGACCCGGAGCAAGUAGCCAAGUAUCUGACAACACAGUUCUAUGGCCUGAACUAUAGCCUCCGGCAGCGCAUGGACAUCCUGGAUGUCCUUGUUCUGGCUGCCCAGGCACUGUCUCGGCCACGGAGCCUCCAGAGACUUUCCCAGCACGGUCCCCCUGGUUCUGGCACCUUGUGUGCACCAGCACUAGCUAUUUCUCAGCCUGGCAAUGCUGUGGCUCCUGACUGGCAGAUGGUUGUGGAAGAGCGGAUCAAAAGCAAGACCCGGAGGUUCUCCAAGGGCUGUCCUCGGAGGGAGCUGUCAGGUGGCCCCAAUGAAUUCAACUCUGUGGCUGGUUACUUCUUCUUCCCCCUCCUUCAGCACUUUGACAGGCCUCUGGUGACCUUCGACCUUUUAGGAGAUGAUCAGUUGGUACUUGGAAGACUGGCCCACACCUUAGCAUCUCUGAUGUACCUGGCUGUUAACACCACAGUGGCUGUGCCUAUGGGAAAGGCCCUGCUGGAGUUUGUAUGGGCCCUUCGCUUCCAUGUUGACACUUAUGUUCGCCGGGGCUUGCUGUCUGCUGUCUCAUCUGUCCUGCUCAGUGUACCCACAGAGCGGCUACUGGGGGACCUGCCAGAUGAGCUUCUAGAAGCCAGGUCCUGGUUGGCAGAUGUGGCUGAGAAGGAUGUGGAUGAGGACUGUAGGGAGCUGGCAGUGAGGGCUCUGCUGCUUCUGGAGAGACUCAAAGACAAGCUCCUAUCCAUUUCCUCUCCAUAGCCCGAGGACUCCACAGGGGCCCAAAUGGCCCCUUGGCUCUCCCUACUGGAAGAAGACCACCUCAGAGGAGCUAGGUCUGGAGGGGCUAGUGGUCCCAGUGUGUGUGAAUUAAGCUCCUACUAGUCUGAACUUGCUGUUAUUUAUGCCCUGGCAAGGCUGAGCGUUCAGCAAAAGAUACCAGGGCCUGUGCUGUGGGACUCACCAGCCUUAGGCUGACCAGAAUUUGGACUGGGGGUGUGGGGCCCAAGAGGUACAUCCUCCUGAGAGCAGAACUUUGGGCUCUGUGGCCAGGGCCUCAAGGGUAAAGAUAAGGGACAGCUGUUCAGCUUCAAUAAUACCCCUAUGGGGAUGCUAGGACAGCAGACCAGGGGUAGCCGGCUGGGUCCCCAGGGGCUUCUUGACAGUGUUUCUGUGAGAAUAAACAGGGCCACAGAUGUCA